GCAUCUCUCCGUCACAUUUUCAUGGGUGGUGCCCUGCAUCUCUCCCCUCUCUUCGUGCGUGCGUGCAUCCUCUUGUCGUGCAUGCGUGCUUCCCCCUUCUUGUGUGCGACUCUCGGACUGUGCAAGCAAGCAAACAAGCAAGCAAGCAAGAACCUCGAACGUGGUGCUGGCCAACGUCGUAACGCGAGCUCGCCUUCCUUCUUCGAGCCAUCUCCGUCCUCAACUCGCUUUCCUUGUGCUCCACGUUCCCUUCCUUCUCUCGCCUUCGCUUCGCAUCUGACCUGGAACCAAGCAACCGUCUCCAAGCAUGGAUGCAAGCCAAACUGGGCCAGAGCACCAGGUGUUGACAAGCGUGAACGCACCGCAGACGGCAAGCGCGAAUGCACCACCAACCUCGUCCACAGGCAUCCAACAACCGGCAACACACCCCAACAACACCAUCUCCGACAACACCACCCAAGUGGCACCCAGCACACAGAACGCCAACGGCAGCAUCCAACAACAGCAACAACAACAGCAACAGUUGCAACACGCUGCACACACACCUUCAUCGUCGCCGUGUGGCCUUGAACUGAGCGACAUGCCACUGCCGCCUGCCAAGUUGCCUCCCUCGCCCCCAGCUGGAGCCCCCGACGCCCCACUGUCCUCGGAGCAGCCUUUGGUCAGCCAAGCAGAACCCACAGCACAACACACCACCACCGGCAGCAACAACAACAACAGCGACGACAACAGCAACCACGACGACAACAACAACGACAACAACGACAACAACAACAACAAAGGCAACGACAACAACGACAGCGACAACAGCAACGAUAACAGCAGCCGUAGCAUCGACACCAAGUCUACACUUGCAUCUUCAAACCAAGAAACGCCAGCCACGGGCAGCUCCGCCACUCACGCCGCCAGCCUGCCGUCCUCAGCAUCAUCGACAUCAGCGUCCAUAUCCUCGCUGCCCAAGCACCAGCUGGGCAAUGGGCGCGCCACUUCCACCAGCAGCGAUGUCACCACGGCCUCCCCUGUGACCAGCGCGCCCGAGAAGGAUGAUGGCAGCAAUGGCGACAAUGAUGAUGACGAGCAACAAGGCAAGAGGGCCAAGCUCGAACGCGCAACCACAUCACAACAUCAGCAACAGCAGCAGCCUGCUGCUCUCGCAGCAUCAACCACAGUAGGAGCCACAGAUACCCCGCAGGAGGACCCGCAAGAAGUGGCAUUAAUAAGCUUGCCAGGGCCUGAUUCGAAGCGACCAAAGCGUACAGAGGACACAGAGGACAACAGCAACAACGCCGAUCAACGCAGCGCAACUGGCACGACUCUCAGCGACGAUAACAGGAAUACCAGCAAGGACACGCAACCGUCUUCUCCAAGAAUACGACAACAAGAAGACAAGGAGCAGCAGCAACAGCAACCGCAAACAGAACAACAGCAACAACAACAACCUGAACAACAACCGCAAACAGAACAACAACAACAACAACAACAACAACAACAACAACAACCGCAAACAGAACAACAACAACAACAACAACAACAACAACAACAACAACAACAACAACAACAACAACAACAACAACAACAACAACCGCAAACAGAACAACAACAACAACAACAACAACAACAACAACAACAACCGCAAACAGAACAACAACCGCAAACAGAACAACAACCGCAAACAGAACAACAUCACCACAAACAACAACCGCAGCAGCAGCCGCAACAACAACACGACGAGGCGGAUGAUAGCGCCGACGUACUGGCGAAUGCACGAACUGUCGGCCAGGAGUUGAGUCGCACACAGUUGUCCCGGCGCUUCAACGAGCUGCGGUUUGGUGACAGGGUGCGCUUGAAGCCCACUGGCACAGGCAGCAAAUCGGACAUCACUGUGAAGCGUCCGGAGCUGCUGGGCAAAGAAGGCACCAUCAUAUCCGUGCCGACAUACCCCACAACCUGGCUUACCAUCAAGAUCGACGAGACGUCCGAGUCCAUCAAGCUGACUCAGCAUAACUCCACCACAGCUGUGGUUGGCAGCAUGAACCUGACCCCAUGUGCACACACUUGGCGCUGA